AUGGAUAGAGAAGACGGUGAAAUGAGUGAUGAUAACGCAAUGGUGGUUGAUGAUGUAAAGGAACCAAUUUCAUACACUGAUGAUUGUACCUUGGUGUACAAAGCUGACAAAGCAGGAUUAAUCGUAGAAAAAUUAGAAAAAGUGGAUGCCUUCAAAAUAGAAGAACGAGCAAAAAGAUUUGGUUUAAAUCUUACAGGAAAUAGAGUAAUUACACAGAGACAGAUUGAUGAACUUUAUUCAAAUUUUGGUAUAGAAAGUGGAAAUGAGAGACAUUUUCGUUUUGAUGCAAUCAACUUACAUGGAGUUGAUGGACUUUCUACGAAGGAAAUAUUUCAAUAUUUAGAAGACUACAAACCUGUGUCUCUGGAAUGGAUUGAUGAAGUAUCAUGUAAUAUUGUUUGUCAGGAUCAUAUAUCAGCAGCUUUGGCACUACUAGUGCAUUCUAGAGAAAUUAAAGAUGCCAAUUUGAAGGAAAUGCUUGCUGCUAAUCCAAAUCACCAUUGGCGUGAAGGUAUGCCACAUCCUAAAAAAGAUCUUAUUUUAAUGAGAUUUGCUACUAAUGGAGACAAGAAAAUGAACAAGAAGAAACCUCAUAAUAAAAAUACAGAAGAAUAUGGUGAUCAAAAUAUGGAUGCAGUAAGUAAGAACCCAUGGGGUGACCUGUGUAAAUCUUGGGGAGUUUAUGAUCACCAAGAAGUAUUUCAACGAAAGCCUAGAUACAAUAAUGAUGAAGAUAAUGAUUUAGAAAAGCCAGAUAAUAUUGUAAAAAUCAAAAAUAAAAGUUUAGCUAGCCGCCUUGGUAAAAGGCAAGCUAAUAGGGACAACUAUAACAAUGAAGAAGCUGAGGAAAGUGAUUCAGAUUCUGAAUGGAAAACCAAAUCAAAGGCACCUCGAAUGAGAAUGCAUGCAGAUGAUGAAGAGUCUAAACGAAAGAAAAGGCAGACUUCCCAAAUGGUAGCCAAGGAUUCAGAUGGAUAUUCUGCAUUGUCAAUUGAAGUAGAAAAUUCCCACAGUAAUUAUAAGCCAAGAGAUCACACAAUCAUAUCUGACAAGUUUAAAAGGAACAAUGUUUAUAGAAAAAAACAUGGUAUUCAGUCAAGGUUAGGUGAAAAAGUAAUAACUGUGGAGGAUAAUGGAAGUUUUUCAAGUGAUGAAGUAUCAGAUAACUCUGAUAGUUAUGUUAUGAGUAGAGUGCAUAAAGUCAAUUCUAGUAAUAAUAGUGUAUGGUCAAGAUUAGAUAGAAAACCCACUAGCACUAGAAAUACAAGUGAUCACAAUGAUUUACGUCAAAUUUUGAAAUCAAGGAAACAUGGGAAGUCUGAUGACUUAAGAGACAAAUUAGGUAAAUCUAAACAAAGUAACUUACGUAUUGAAAUUGACAAUAAUUAUGCACAUGAUGAUGAUGAUUUAUAG